AUGCCUCUGUUUGGCUGGAUGAAGUGGUCUAAACCCGAAGUGGACAGUCCAGACCAGAAGCAUAGCAAGGUGCCCACCAAGACUUUAAUGAGGGAGCUGCUGUGGCACAUGGAGGAGAGAAAGAGUCUGAUCCGGGAGAUGGUGAAGGAGCAGAGGGUCUUGCAGAGCGGCAUGGAAUACAAGUGGCUGCAGAGCUACCAAAGCCUGAAAUUCCUUAUCCCACCGUCAGAGCGCAGGCAGCUGGAGCACCUCUGCUCCCAGAUCCAGCCUUCCCACACUGCCUCCGUGCUGUCCCGGUUCCGAGAAAUAUUGUCAGGAAACGACAUUCUGCCUUGGGAGCUAGUCUACGUAUUCAAGCAGGUCCUGAAGGACUUUAUAACACAAAAUGAGGAAGAAAAGCAGCAAAUACGGCUGAUGGAAUCCUGGACCAACAGACAUCAAACGAAACUGGGGUUCAUUACCCGCACCGUCCCUGACUGCAGCGAAACUUUCAAAGAGGAGAUCCCCACAAUAUCAAGCUACGUUGACAAAAGUAUGCAAGGUGAAUGUCCAUAUUUUGUUGAAAGAAUCUGGGAUUUACCUUACUACUACCCCGCUCACUGCACCUGCUCGGAGGCAUACAGUGCCACAAUAUAA